AUGUCAAUUAAUUUGAUAUUUAUUAAACCCUUUCAGAAUCGCAAAUACAUAAUUGAGACACGAUACACGACACAGAUACUCUACCGUAUUUGUAUCAGUGGGAUAUGCGUUAAUAAAAGAAAAGAAGAAAGGAAGCAAGAGCGAAAAGGGGUUGUAUUUAUAAGCUAUUUCCGAGUGGCUUUUUGUAACAGAAACAAUUCAAAAAACCAAAAGAAGCAUUUAGGGUACUCAAAAGCACUCAGUAACUCUUACGUAUUAUUGGCUACUGCUUUAAAGCUCAAAGCUCAAAGCUUAAGCUUAGAAGCUCAAAGGACUACUGAAACCCCUUUAAUAUAUGGGAAUUGGAGGGCGAUUCUUCUUCUUCAGGUGGAGCCCUUGAUCAUUUUUACACAAAGCCACCCAUCUCUAUUCGUCAGUAUGCUUUUGUCAAAGCUUCCUCCAGAAGUAAUCCUCAAUAUCUCUCUGUUCCUUCCCUUAAAAGACAGAGACUCGUGUUGCUUUGUCUGCAGAGCUUGGAAGGGACCUUUUCAAGAAUCCAUGCACUAUGACUUGACUCUCGGAUCUAUCGGUGCCAUUUAUAACUCUUGGGAAGAAUUGGUUGACUCAGAAUCCAUAAAGCAAUACACUGGAACCCUAUUAAGAUCUCUGACUUUGAGCGACUGUAGAAACUUAUCAGUUCAACAAUUGGGUACUUUACAAAGAACAUUUCCAAACGUAAAAUCUGUCUGGAUACAGAAACUUUGUUGCAGCUCGAAUCUUUUUGAAAGAGAGACAGAUUGGCUCCUUUGGAGGUCAUUGACUGAACUACGGGUGGAUAUACUUUUAUAUCGCACAAUCCAUGUAGAAGUAGACAAUCCUUUUCUAGGCAUAAUAUGCAAUCUAUCUAUGUUGACGCGAUUGCAACUUAUCAACAGUGUUCAUUACGAAAGUUGUAUAAACCAAAUAUUCAGACUGAGCGAAUUUGAACUCAUUCACACACGUUUGGUACAUCUCACUCAUCUAGAACUAAGCUCUCGCUUAUUAAGUAUUUCCGGCACCGAGAUUCAGCGUAUGGGAGAAGUAUCACCGGCUAAUAAGAUAAAGCUUUUCAGAAUGAUAUCCAGCAAAACAGAUCAUCAGUGGCUCUACUAUUUCGCUAAGAAAUACCCUAAUCUCGAAUCAUUUAACUUCUCAACAAUAAGCGAUGAACUCGAGUCAGAAAAACAAAGAAACAAUAUAAUAUCUCUACUCCAAAGCCUGACUCAUCCGUUUCAACAUCUAAAGGCACUAUACCUUGGAGAUAAAAACUACCUUCCCAAAGAAUACCUGCUUUAUUAUGACAUGAUCAAUUGUUUUAAACCACCCUUGGAGCGCAUAUACAUUUACAUAUUUCAACGAAAUCUCUUUGGAAAUCUCAGCAAGCCGUUGAGCGCCUUAAACAAAUUGUUUAGGUAUAUGUGCUCGUCUCGAUUAUCUGGGUCCCUCAAAGACUUGUGUGUUUUGUGUCCAGAAGUGUUAAUCAUCACAACAUUACUAAUAAAAAGAAAGGAUACAUUCUACAAUUUGGUGCAUCUAAAACUAUCUUGUCCGUUCCAGCCUUUCAAUCUCGAUGAUCUUCUUGACAAAAGGAAUUUCUUGAAAACACUUGAUUUGCGUUUUGCCAAGAUUGAAAUUAAUCCCAAAGCUCUGAAAAGAACAAAAAGACGUUCCCUGCAGUCAUUUACUGCUACUCGUUCAGAAAUUACAUCAGAUGUACUCCGCUACCUAUCAUUUCAAUGCAGAGACUUGAACACGCUGUAUUUGCACCGCACAAAGGUAUUCGGAAAAUUUAAUUCUACACAAGGAUGCCAUUUUAUCGACAUGUCAUACACACGUUUCAACUUGUUACGCUUUGUCAGCGUACCUUUUAUUAUAAAAGACAACCCGAUAAAUGGUCAUAAUAUCAAUAUUACGCUGAUCACUCGACCAGUUGAUGAUAUUCCUCCAAAGAACGACGACAGCGUUGAAACGUUACCAAUAUCUUUUGAAAGUUCGUCAUUCAAAGUGCACUAUGAUUGGCUUUACUCAUUGAAUUCCAGUAUGAGACCACUUCCAAAGGCUGCAUCCAAAAAUGCCGAGGAAUUCUUUAUGAAUUUUGAAGACAACAAAGAAUUGUUUUUAAACACAUACGUUCCCAAUCCCAGAACAGAAAAGAUAAACUUAAACAAGUGGAAAUACGAUCCCAAGUGUCACAACAAGACAGACUGGAAGUUGAAAUUUAUCUAUGGCUACACCAGGAUAAAAUGUGGCUAUGUGGCUAACUUUGCACUAAACUAG